AAUGCGCCAACCCCGUAGGUUCACCCGGAAGAGUUACAUUACUGCAGCCUUUCAAAGUAUUUCAAUAACAUUUUUAACGUUUAAACUGCGUUAAUAAACAAACUAGGACAAUGUCUUCAACAAAAGAAAUUUUACAAAUGGACUUGUAUGGUUUACUUGGAGUUGAAGGAACAGCGACUGAGAAAGAGAUCAAGAAAGCAUACAGACAGAGAGCUUUAUCCUGCCAUCCAGACAAGAACCCGGACAACCCGAAGGCUGCGGAGCUCUUCCACCAGCUCUCCCAGGCCCUCGAGGUGCUGACUGAUGCUGCAGCCAGGGCAGCCUACGACAAGGUCUGUGCUGCCAAGAAGCAAGCUGAGGAGAGAACCCGCAGACUGGAUGACAAGAGGAAAAAGAUCAAGCUCGACUUGGAGGCCCGCGAACGGCAAGCAGAGGCAGAAGCUCAGAAAACUGAGGAAUUCCGAAUUACGCGAACAUUAGAAGAAGAGAUUGCCCGGUUGAGGGAGGAGGGGUCCAGACAGCUGCAGGAAGAGCAGAGACUAAUUCGAGAGCAGAUCCAGAGAGAGAGAGAGGGGAGACUACAAACACACUUCACACAUGCAGAUACUUCAUCAUCUCCACAGGGCAACCGAAAUGUCACCCCUAAGUUAAAGCUGAAGUGGAAGUGUAAAAAAGAAGACGACAACAAUGGCGGCUAUUCUCGGGAAUUCCUUCAGCGCCUUCUUCAGAAGUAUGGAGACAUCUUGAAUGUUGUAGUCUCGAGUAAGAAGAAAGGCAGUGCGGUGGUAGAGUUUGCAACAGUGAGAGCAGCGGAACUGGCAUGUAAAAAUGAGUGUGGCUUGACAGGAAACCCUUUAAAAAUUGUAUGGUUGGAGGGACAACCUGAAGCUGCUGCUCCAACAAUGGCCAAUCACAACACAGCUGGAAAGUUCACUCCUUUGCAGUACUCUCUGAGCAGUGAACGGGAUUACGAGAGCCUGGUGCUGAUGCGCAUGAGGCAGGCUGCGGAGCGACAGAGGCUCAUCGAGCAGAUGCAGAGAGAGGAUGAAGAGGAAACAGUGAAGACAUAACUGCCAUCCAUGGCCAGCCACCCCUCCCUCAUUCACCCUUCAUUCCCGCUCUUCAGUCCCCAUGUUUACCCUCACAAUAAUUUAAAUGCUCACAAACCAAUAAAGUGUUUUCUUUGGAAAAAACUGGCAGACUCAGAGUGUAACUUCGGGUGCUCCUCGGCUCUUUCAGAUGGGGAUGCGGCACAGCAGGGAAAAUAUUCCCAUUAAGAAAACAUGUCUGGGAAUGACUUCAGAUGGCAAACAGCCCAAAACUGCUGACAACAUCUUGCUGUCGAAAUUGUUCUUGUCCAGUAUUGAAGCCAAUCGGCAUGCUCUACAGCCAGUCGCAUGAUCU